AUGCGGGACCCUCCGUGCGUGACCUUCGCCAGCUGCCGUAGCGCGUGCGCACUCGCGCGGAAAGAUGGCGGCCGCCGCAGCGCGCGGAACCGUGGCAGGGAUCCUGGGCCGCUGGGCCCCCUGGGCCGCCCGCUGCCUCGGCUCACGGCCCGCUGUCUCCGGCCUCUCCGCUCGCUACGUCGGGCAUGUGCGGACAACGGUGGCCCCGCUGUGGAAACCGCGACUGCCCUGGGGGAACCUGCCCGGGAGAGGUACCGCCUCGGCCCUCUGCAGGUACAUGUCACAUCUCUGCUUCCAAGCAUCCUUCAGCAGCCAGCACGGCCUCUGACUUACUGUAGCCUGCGGAAGGGGAAGAGGAAAAGUGUAAAGUCUGUGGUGAAGAGAUUCCUCCGGCUGCACAAUGGCCUCUGGGUUAGGAGAAGGGCUGGUUAUAAGAAGAAACUGUGGAAGAAGUCAGCUGCCCGGAAGAAGCGUUUGAGAGAGCUGAUGCUGUGCACUAGGACGCAGUGUAAGCUCCUGGAUAAAAUGACCACUUCCUUCUGGAAGAGAAGGAAUUGGUACCUGGAUGACCCGUACCAGAAGUACCACGAUCGCACAAAUCUUCGCCUGUAGAAUUUGGGGCUCCUCUUUGCAUUGUCUAGGACAGAGGUGGUGAAACCCAUGGUAUGGCCUUGAUUUGAGAACACAAAGCUGCAAUAGCUGCUUUUUUGCCAAUCAGUAUGCAUGGCAGCUGGUCAGGGUGAUGGGUACCAGCACCCACAAUAAAGGAACAUGAACA